AUGGCCGACCGGUCGCUACCAGCCGCCCAGAGCCCCGCCCUCGCAGCAGCCGCCGCCGCAGCGGAAGCUGCACCCUUUGCCUUGAAAAACCCGCAAGCCGCCGUUCGAGCCGCCUCGACCACUAUGGCCGGUCCCUCGCAGGCUCUCGAUGCGCAGCAGCAGCAACAGCUGGCGGAUCCAGCCGUCCAACAGUCUGGAAACCAUGUCCCUGCGACGGCCGUGGAGGCGUCCGGGCCUGGCGGACCGACCGCCACGGCGCCGUUCCUGCGUGAUUUUAGUCUCGUCGCGGAGGCGGCUAAGAGGGCGCAGGUGUCUGUCAUGACGCGGGAUUUGGAGAGUGUGACGCUAUAG